AUGAAGUGUACGGUUGAGGUUGGAACAAGGCCUGUUACAUACAUCUGGCAGAGACACGCUGUUUUUGAGGGAACAUUUAAAGUUCAGGAGGGCACAGACAACAUGCUGGUCCUAUCACCAGUUACCAGAACACACACCGGCUGGUACACCUGCACUGUGAGGAACGUGGUCAAUGAAAAAAUCAGUGGAAGAUUGUCCCUGGAUGUUGUAUAUGGUCCAGACGAGCCUAUGAUUACCAUUGAGCCAUACGCCAUUAGUGAGAACGGUUUUGCUGCCAACGAGAUGGAGAAAGUUACUCUGAACUGCACAGCCUCCUCUAACCCUCCAUGCGAGUAUAUCUGGUUCUACAAUAACUCUCAGCUGGACACAGGUCAAAUGUACAUCUUUCCUAGAAUCUUACGGACCCAGACGGGACUGUAUACUUGCUUAGCAAAAAAUUUGCAUCUUGACACGCGCACACAACUUACCAUCAGGUUGACAGUCUACUAUCUGCCUGAGGGCCAACCCAACUGCACAGCGCUGCCACACAACCGCUACAGUGACGUGGCACUCUGGUGCUCAUGGCCCGGUGGGCUUCCGCUGGCACAGCUUUACUGGAUGAAACAAAGUGAGGAGGACAGCAUCAUUGUGUCAAAGUCUAAUGCCACCCUUCUAAAGAGUGGGGCUGAUAUGAAGAACCGCACCACAUUUCACUGCUCUAUAUUUCACCCCUCUCUCAAGAAGAACAUCACAUGCAACACCACCGUUGUGAUGCCCUCAGGCGGCCCAAACUGUUCAGCAGUAGCCACCAAACUGAACGAAUUUAUCAUGCUAACGUGUGAAUGGAUGGGUGGUUUGCCACGUAUUACACUGGCGUGGAAUUAUGGCAUGGUCGGAGAUAUUAAAGAAUCCUCAAACAUCUAUGUUUUUAAACCUGACCGAACAUACAAUGGCAAGUUAUUCACCUGUACCAGCCUUCAUCCCAUGAUAAAAGAACAAAGAGAGUGCCAUAUCCAACUUGAGGCACCAGUCCUUGACUCCCCAUCAAUGGCCAGCUCCAUUCUAGAGGGAAAUAGCGUCUAUAUGAUUUGCAGUUUGAAAUCAGCAACUCCAAGCUCAGAGAUCACAUGGUAUGACAACAACAACCAGGAGAUAAUCUCCGAUUCCCAGAAGUAUGGUAUAUUCAAGGAAAAUGGCAUGUCAAACCUAACAGUACGAGAAACUGAGUGGGGCAAGGACAGCGGACUGUACCGGUGUAUGGCCUCUAAUGCAGUGGGAAACAGCUCUCUAUUAAUACGGCUAUAUGUCAACAGUACCUUUAUAAAUUUUGUCUUAUCCACAGAAUAUCCUACCCCUCCUAAUGUGAGCAUCAGCAAGCUCCUCUAUAGCCGCCAGAGGACUGAGGUUGAUGUGGAAUGGAUGACGCAGGGGGUGGGAGAUUUAACGGGUUUCAUGGUCCAGCGUCAAGCCAGCAUCCGAUCAACAUCUCCUAGGAGAUCUGUACAGACCGCCCCCUGGGAUACUGUGGCCAGCGACAUUGAACCCGACAUCCGUGGCCACAAACUUGCUGGUCUGGACCCUACCAUCUUAUAUGCCUUCAGAAUACUGGCUGUUAACCAUAAAACUACAGGAUUCCCCUCUGAGGUUAAAACACCAGGUACUGUUUGA